GUACAUCUGUUGCACUAUACUAUGAUUAGACUUUCGGACCGAUAUCUCGGGGAUUGUUAAAUACUAAGCUAGUCGAGACAAAGUUCAAAAGGAACUAUGUGAAUCUAAUCUUCUGAUUACUACAACAUCCCCAUCAUUGCACUCCAUUAUGUAUCCCAAAAUCCAGGAAAUAGAGGACCGAACCCUCCAUCUGCCGCGAAUCCUGUGUCUCCAUGGUGGAGGCACCAACGCCAGAAUUUUUCGAGCCCAAUGUCGAGGGCUCAUUGCUCAGCUCAAGUCUGAAUUUCGGUUUGUCUUCGCAGAAAGCCCCUUUAUCUCCGAGGCUGGACCCGAAGUUACAACGGUGUUCGGUCAAUGGGGGCCUUUCAAACGGUGGUUUCGCUGGCGACCAGAGCAUCCAGAGAUCGCUCAUGCGGAUGCGGUGAAAGCAAUUGAUCGAAGUUUAGAAGAGGCUAGGCGUCAAGAUACUCAACGGGGGGCGACGGGGGAAUGGGUGGCGAUCCUUGGCUUCAGUCAGGGAGCCAAACUGUGUGCAAGCCUGCUCUAUCGCCAACAAGUUUGCAAGGAGAAGGAAAGAAUAGGCAGAGGAUCUUCAGGAUCGGAUUAUCGUUUUGGAGUCUUGAUCGCUGGGCGAGCGCCCCUGAUCUCGCUGCACGCCAAACCGGAUAUACAUCUUAAUCUUGGCUUCAGUACAUUGCCGGAUGCCUCACAGAUCACAGACGUCAACUGGCGCAGCUGGUCAACACCUCAAAGCGACGGCCGAGCCGUCUUGCGUAUCCCGACCCUUCAUGUGCAUGGUAUGCAGGACCCGGGAUUACCCUUACACUGUCAGCUUUUUGAAGAGUUCUGCGAGCCAGGCAGUAGGAGAUUGGUCCAAUGGGAUGGUGAUCAUCGGAUGCCUCUGAGAUUCAAUGACCUUUCGCCCGUUGUGCGUCAUAUCCGUGAGCUGGCAAAAAAUAGAUAGAUAGAGCUGGGUGUACUUUGCAGGAAUUGAUUAUGCUAGAUAAGGAAUCAGCAAGCUUUCAUGGCUCAAUCUGUAGUGCGUUGCGCA